AUGAAUAAAUUGUUUCCAUUUUAUGCUAGAGUUACGAGUAAUACAUAUAAUACAAUACAAUUUGAUGAUAUUGUUGUAGCAAUUGAGCAGGAUUCAACUAGCGAAUUUCGGUAUAGAUGUCGCAAUAGCUUCAAUGAGGAAGCCUUUAUAGAAAGUGUUCAUUUAAAUAAAAUUGAGAUAGAUAGUGAUAUAAUACCAUGUUUAGUAUUGUCUAUUGCUGAUUACAAUUCAACUGAACAAAAUGAUCUCCAGUUUACGAAAUUUACAAUUAUAAGUAUUGAGAAUCGUAUUGAUGAUUUUUGGGCUACAGGAUAUGUAAUCGCUGAUAAUGGAAAACGAAUGGGCAAAGAUGGUAUGUUCCCACUUACGUAUGUUGUACCAUUAAUCAAUAUAAAAUUAAUUGGUAAUGAAGGAAAUGAUUAUGCAGAAGUUCCAAGUGAUGAAACGGUUAUUUUACGUGAUCCAAAAACUCUUGAAAGCAGUUGUAAAGAAAGAAAAAAAGUGAAGUCAUUGUAUGAUUUUGAAAAACGUUCAUCUCAAGAAUUAACUAUAAAUACAGGUGAUGAAAUUGAAAUAGAAAAAGAAAUCGAUGAUGAUUGGUAUUAUGGAUUGAAUAAACGAACAGGUGAAAGAGGUGUUAUUCCUAGAAAUUAUGUGACUAAAGAUAUGGAGGAUGAGAAUGAAAUAGUUUAUGAAAAUAUAAAUGAUAAACAGUCAUCGACACCUUCAAAUGAUUCACGUGAAUAUGGUUUAGCUGUUGUUUUAUACGACUAUACAGCACAAUAUGAUGAUGAGUUAACUGUAUUAAAAGGAUAUUCUCUUAAAGUUAUUGAAUUUUGUGGUGAAGAAUGGGUAAAAUGUCAAAAUCCUAAGACAGAAGAGAUUGGUAUUGUUCCGAUUGCAUUUUUGCAAAUAUAUUCUGAUGAUGGCUAUGGUUUAGAUAAUAUUGGUGAUGGAUAUGAGAUUGAAAAUGAUAUAUAUAAUCAGGAAGAUUUUUGUAAUGAUAAACAAACAGGAUCAUUAUAUCCAACGUUACCAGAAACAAUAAAUGAAGAAAAAAUUGAUAUUAAUAUAGGAGGAGAAACAUUUCCUAAGAAAGAUAAUAGUUAUACUCCAAGUGAUACAUAUAAUGAUUUGGGUAAUAAUUCUUUACAAAAUUUUACCAACUACUCACUUCUGAAUAAUAAAAUGUAUGAUGACAGUACUAAUCAGUUUAUAAAUAAUCCAAGUUAUGUAUCAACGAGAAAAAACAUUGAAUGGGUACAAUUUCCUGAACUUAACAAAUUGGCAAAGACAGAAGAUAAACAAACUCCAGAAAGACCUCCUCCACCAAAUAAAUUAAAUAACUUGAAACCUGUUAGACUUGCUCCACCAAGACCGGAAAAAUUACCAAAUAUGAAAAUUGAAUCAAAUCCUCCACGUGAUUCACAUAUGAAUAAUAAUGGUUCCAUUUUAUAUAAUGUAAGAAAAACACCAACAAGCAUUGCUAGUAUUAUAGAAGAACUAAUAUCAUCGGAGAUUGAAUAUUCAACAUUUUUAGAAAUGUGGGAAUCUACAAUAUCUAAGGCAAAUGAAUUAACAACGAAAGAAAAAGAUAAUUUAUUAACAGGAUAUUCCCAGUUAAAAUUAUUGUCAAAAUAUCUUGUUGAAGCAUUUGUUGAGGAACAAUGUAAAGAGGAGAAGGACCAAAAAAUUGGUUAUGUAUUUAUAAGAUUUAAAGAUAAAUUUUUUCAAGCAUAUACAUCGCAUUGUGGUGCUCUUGAAAGUAUUGCUGAAACAAUUGAGGAAGAGAGUGAUUCGGGAUUAAGGCAAAAGUUAUCACUUAUUGUUGAUGAGAUGAGACUUUCUGGUAAGAAUAUAUUUGAUGUUACAAGUGCUGUUACAAGACCAAUACAAAGAGCUAUGAAAUAUAUUUUAUAUCUUGAUCAACUUUAUAAAAUGAUACCACCAAAUCAUCCAGAUUAUAAAAAUCUUUUUAAAGCAAAAGAAAAUAUGACAUAUCUUUCUAAAAAUUUAAAUGAUACAAAAAGAAAAUGUGAAAUAACAAAGAAAUAUAUAGAUGAUAAACCAUUAACAAUUAUGGAAAGAUUAUCAAGACUUAAUAUGCAUUCUGUAGCUAAAAAAAGUAGUCGUUUUAAGUACAGAAUAAGUUCAAAUUUAGGAUUAAAUAAAAUAAAAGAUAAUGAAUUUUCAAAGUUAUUAAUCAUGCUUAAGGAUGCUAAUUCAAGACUAUUAAAAUUUUUAUAUCAUCUUCAAAUUUAUCGCAAAGUAAUGAAAGAUGAAGGAAAAAAAUAUGUUUCAGACUAUACUAAAAAUGAUGUUCGUAAUGCUAUAAAUGAUGGUCUUUGGGAGACAUACCUUGAACUUACUACAUCAAUACUUAUAAAAAUAACAGAAUAUGUUCAUUUAGUGGAUCAAGAAAUAGGACAGAAAGCUAGUGCUUUAUCAGCAAGAGACUAUGGAAGAUUAAUUAAAAAAAGAAAUGAUAAAUUAGCUGAUUAUGAGAAUGCUUUAAAUUCUUUAAAACCAACUAGUGAGAUAUCAAGUAAGAAGGCAGAGUAUGAUGCAUUAAAUACCAAAUUGAAGUCUGAUCUUCCAAAAACAAUUGAUAAUAUUUACAAUUCUACAACACAAUUUAUACAUCAAUUUUUAGGAAAACACUAUGACUUUCUUCUUUCUAUUGAUAAAAAUCAUUGUAUGCUUCAACGAGAAAAAUCAAAUUGGAAAAAAAAUCCUCAUGUUCCAUUAUUUUCUGUUUUUAUUCAAAAAAAUAAUAAAAUUUUUAUUUUUAAGAGAAUAGAAGCAUUACCAAUAGGUGAUAAAAUUGAUAUAAGAUUUAAAAAUCAACCAUUAAAUGAUAGUAAUUUUCAUACAACUAGUGAUAUACCAGUUCAAACAGAGUCACAUAAAAAUUUCUUAUUAUCAAUGUGUCCAAAUUCAUCAGAUAAAGAGAAUCUUCGAAUUGUGACAAAAAAUUUUAAAAAUCCAGCUGAUAGAUUUUAUAUUAAAAAAGGAAAUAUUGUACUUAUUAUUGAGAGACGUGGUCAAAAUUAUUUUGUAACUAACGGUCUUUCAGAAUCUAUCGUAUCUCCAGAUUGUCUAUCAAUUUAUCCCACUAAAGAAAAUUUAUUACCUUUAAGUAGUAAUAUAUCUGCAAAUUCAAAAUGUUAUACAAAUAAUCUUAUUGAUAUUCCUUCUACUUCAAAUACAAAGAAGGAAUCAAAAGUUGAGGAAAUAAAAAGACCUUCAAAAAAAAAUGAAUUAGAUUUAUUAGCAGAUAUAUUUGGAAGUUCAUCUUCAUCAAACUCAACAUUACCUAAUACAACAAUAUCUUCUACAAAGAAAGAAAUAAAUUAUGAUAUAUUUGGAGGUUCGCAAAAUAGUUCAAUUCAAAAACCUACUAAAAAUGUUGAAAUUAAUUCAGCAUUAAAGGCUUCAACUUUUAAUCCUAGUAGCAUAAAUGUUAGACCACGUCCAACUUCAAAUAUGUCUAUUGGUCAACCAAAUAAAAUAUCGUUACCAACAAAUAUUACACCAGCUGUUAGACCACAACAAACAACAAUGUUUCAAACAACUCAACAACAACCACAACAACAUCAAAUAACUAAUAAGAAUCCAUAUAAUUUAAAUAACACAAAACAGAUGGAGAGAAAAAGAAGUGAAGAUCUUAUAGAUUUAAGUGAAAAUCUUAUUGACUUAUUUGCUCCUGUCGAAACAAAAUCAACAAAUUCAAAUGAAAGAAAUUUGAAUAAUUUACAAAAUCAAUUAUCAAAUUAUUUCCAAAAUUUUGGAAACCAACAACAACAUCAACAGACAUUAAAUUACCCAAAUUACAAUCAAUUUAACACUGGAACAUCAGCUUCUUUACAACAACAAAAUAUAUUUUUAAAUGAACCACAAUUAACAUUACCAAAUUAUAAUAAUUCAUCCUUUUUGGAUGAAAUUAGGGCUUCAAUAAGUGCAUCGCCACCAACAAUAAAUUGGGAUGCUAAGCCAUCUGACACACCACGUAUUCCUCAAAGACCAGUUAUGCCGUACACAAUACCAAGAAAAAUAAUGUAA